UCUGAAAAUAAAUGGCGCUGAGUGAAUUGCUGUUUGUCUCAGUGCUGGCAGUUUGGGCUUGGUACUUGCUCAUUGUCCACGGCGCGGCCCUCAUUUACGCACAUCUCAAACUGCAUCGAUCAAGACAGACAGACGGAUCGAAAACGUACUCGGACGACCUUCCAUUCGUGUCUCUCAUCAAGCCUUUGCUUGGCGAUGAUGGCAGUCUUCGUGACAACCUUACAACAUUUUUUCAACAAGAUUAUCCACAAGAGAAGUUUGAAAUUCUAUUUUGUGUGAUGGAUGAGACAGAUCCUGCUAUUGAAAUUAUCAAUCAAUUGAGAAAGGAAUAUCCAAAAGUUCAAAGUAGAUUGUUUCUAGGUGGUAAAUGCAUUGGAGUUAACCCAAAAAUCAAUAACAUGAUUACAGCAUUUGAAGAGUCACAAUACGAAUUUAUCUGGAUAUGUGACAGCAGCAUCAUGGUGUCUAGUGAUAACCUCCUCGAGAUGGUCACAUGCUUGGAUCCCGGAGUUGGGAUAGUACAUCAGUUGCCUUUUACUGGUUCUGCAAAGUCGUUUGGUGCAAUCCUUGACAAGGUGUAUUUUGGGACACAGCACGCUCGUGUCUACUUGGUUGCUAAUCUUCUGGGGAGAAAUUGCGCUAAUGGAAUGUCGUGGCUGAUUAGAAAACAAGCACUUGAUGAAAUAGGUGGUUUAGCUGCUUUUUCAGAUUUCCUAGCUGAAGAUUUCUUUAUUGGCAAAACUUUGUGGGAACGUGGAUGGCGGUUGGUUCUCUGCUCUCUUCCUGCUCUACAGAAUCGCCCAAUGGCGUCAUUGUCAGUCUUUAAAGGAAGAAUGGUGAGGUGGACUCGUUUGAGAGCGUCCAUGAUGCCAUUUCCGGGUCUAUUGGAACCGCUCACUGAAUGCUUGUUUCUUGGUCUGUUGGGAUCCUGGGCAGCGUCCCAGCUGCUUGACUGCAACUUCUACCUCUUCUUUCUUACUCACUGUUUCAUCUGGUUUCUAUCAGAUCUCUUUCUAUUGAGUCAUAUUGAGAGAGGAGAAUGGCCGAGCUUUGUGUUGGUCUUUCUUGCUUGGUUGCUGCGAGAAACAUGGACGACUCCGAUCUUUCUGGAGUCGUUGUGUAGUCAACAUGUGGCGUGGCGUGGCCAACUCUUUCAGCUGCAUCUCGGUGGCCGGACUAUAAAACUCCAAUAAUCUCUGCAUAUCGGAUAGAGCAUGUAGUAUUGACUAUCAUAUCAUCUGUUUGUAUUACAAUCACGUGUUCUGUAGGAAUGGUACAAUGAAUUGCAUGCUGAUUAUUGGAACUUUUCUAGGAGGUUUAGAGAUUAUUUUGAUAACGAAAUUUAAAAUUAUUAAAAAGGCAGUUGAGCUAAAACUUCUAUGAUAUUUGAUCAUGUUUCAUGGUAUUAAA